AUGAAGCUUCUGUAAAACCUUUACCGAAGCUGAAAUGUAAGUUGGGUAGCGUGCAAUGGAAAUUGAAUCAGGUCAUGCGACGAGCAAACUCUAAAUGUUGUACCAAGAGGAAAUAUUCGCUCUAAAUUGGAGUCUAUGCUUUUUUAUGUAUUUUAAGAUGCAUUUAAUGUGGUUCUACUGUGAACCGAUAAAAUAAAAAUGCGGCAACCUCAAGGGAUAAUUAAGUUAAUAAGCAAAGAAUAUCCAGAAGAUUAAAAGACAAAAUAGAAUAUAUAUAAUACUCAGACUAAGGUUUCUUCAAGUCAAACGAAAAAAUACAAUUAGAAGAGGAAUAUAGAUCACUCCUUAACAGGAUGCCAUCCUUAAUUGGACCGCAAUAUCUGGAUCUAACAAAUGGUUCCGUUGUUGAUAAAGUCACUCCGGAUAUGUUACACCUUAUACAUCCCUAUUGGAAUCGAUUCGCACCUAUGGACCCUUUGAUGACGAAAAUUCUUGGCACUUUUCUAGCAAUGGCUGGGGUACUAUCAUUUUUUGGUAACGGUAUGGUAGUUUAUAUAUUUUCAACCACAAAAGCUUUAAGGACACCAGCAAAUUUGCUUGUUUUAAACUUGGCAUUUUCGGAUUUUUCCAUGAUGGCUACGGCUUGUCCCAUGAUUACAAUAAACUUAUUCCACGAAACAUGGGUAUUGGGACCGCUAGUUUGUGAUAUUUAUGGGAUGUUGGGAUCAAUUUUUGGAUGUGCAUCUAUUUGGACUAUGUGCAUGAUAGCGGUAGAUAGAUUUGAAGUAAUAGUGAAGGGCGUAGCUGGGCGUCCGAUGACAGUUAAGCUUGCUGUGGUUAAGAUUAUUGGCAUCUGGGUGUUUUCGGCAUUUUGGACCGUUGCACCAAUGUUGGGAUGGAGCAGAUAUGUUCCCGAAGGAAAUUUGACUUCAUGUGGUGUUGAUUAUUUAACACAAGACUGGAACCCCAAAAGCUAUCUUAUAGCUUACACAAUUGCUUGCUAUAUCCUCCCAUUUUUUCUGAUUUGCUAUUCUUAUUGGUUUAUUAUGGCAGCUGUAUCCGCUCAUGAAAAAGCAAUGCGUGAACAAGCUAAAAAAAUGAACGUCAAAUCAUUACGUUCCUCAGAAGAUGCCAAUAAAAGUACCGAAGGAAAAUUAGCUAAAAUAGCUUUAAUAUCUAUUUCACUUUGGUUUCUAUCAUGGACUCCUUAUGGAAUAUUAAAUUUUAUGGGAUUUUUUGAAUCCGAUGCUCUAACACCAACAAUUUCAAUUUGGGGAGCAGCAUUUGCUAAAGCUGGAUCUUCUUAUAAUCCAGUUGUUUAUGGUAUAAGUCAUCCGAAGUAUCGUUUAGCUCUAAGAGAACGAUUCUCUUGUCUAGUUUGUGGAAAAACUGAGGAACCAGUUAAAAGUGAAAUUUCUUCAGAAGCCACUAUCAAAGAACAGGAAACUAGUACAUAAAUAUUUUUAAAAUAUAACAAAACGCAUCAUUCUUACUUUAAAUAAAAUAAGCAUUG